UCUGGUAUCUGGGUUUUACUCCGUAUAUCUCAUCCCUCGAUCAAUUUCACCAUUACAUUACAUGGUCUAAAACCCUCACUCCUACUCUGUUUUUGCUAUGCUGAAACCACUGGGUUUAUCUUCAUCCCCAUGAAGAUUCACGACCCGAACCCAAAACCCGGUCAAACCCAAACCCGAAUUCUGAUCGAGAAUGUCUAUGAGAGCCGCGCUGUGCCCGACGACGGCGUGGCCGUGCAGAUGAGCCUCUUGUUCUUCACAGCCCGCCCCGCUUUCUGGGCUCGAGCCUCCAAAAUCGCCGCCUCCCAUUUCCACACACUCGCCGGAGCUCGCCCUCGACCCGAAAGAGAGGUACUGCUAAACCCUGAGGCCUGGUUUGUGAAGGUUGUUUACACUCUCUUUCUUCGCUCGCAUUCUUUGGAUUCUUACUUGGGUUAUUUGAGCAAGAACUUAACGCCUUCGUUGGCCUUUGAGGUUAUUAGAAGGUUGAACAACCCCAAUUUGGGGCUCAAGUUCUUUGAGCUCAGUAAGUUCAGUCUGAGUGUUAAUCAUGGUGUGUGGACUUACAAUUUUCUUUUGAGGUCUUUGUGCCAAAUGGGUCUUCAAGAUUCGGCUAAAUUGGUGUUUGAUUACAUGAGGAUUGAUGGGCUUUCGCCCGAUGAAUCAGUUGUUGAGUUUUUGGUUUCAUCAUGUGCUCAAAUGAGUAGGUUGGAUCUUGCAGAGAAGAUUCUUGAUGAGGUUCAUUGCAGUGAGAUUAGGCUGUCGAGCUUUGUGUACAAUAACUUGUUCAAUGUGCUGGUUAAACAGAAUCAAGUAGAUGAGGCUGUUUGCUUGUUCAGAAAGUAUGUGGGGUCGCAUUGUUGUCCGGAUAGUUGGAUGUUUAAUAUUUUGAUUCGAGGUUUAUGCAGAACUGGAGCAAUUGAUAAGGCUUUUGAGUUUUUCAGUGAUAUGGGGAGUUUUGGUUGUUCCCCUGAUGUUGUUACGUAUAACACACUAAUUAGUGGACUAUGUAGAGCUAAUGAGGUAGAUAGAGGGUGUGAUUUACUCAGGGAGGUUCAGUCAAGAAGUGAGCUUUUGCCUGAUGUUAUAACUUUUACGUCGGUUAUAUCAGGCUAUUGCAAAUUGGGUAGAAUGGAGGAGGCCUCUGCCAUUUUUGAUGAGAUGAUUAAUUGUGGAGUUAGACCAACUGCAGUUACUUUUAAUGCACUGAUUGAUGGAUUUGGUAAAGCAGGUGACAUGAGUUCUGCAUUUGCUAUGUAUGAGAAUAUGCUCUUCCAUGGUCAUCGCGCAGAUGUGAUUACCUUCACUUCCCUAAUUGAUGGCUAUUGUCGAGCUGGGCACCUGAACCAUGGGUUACAGCUCUGGCAUGAGAUGAAUGCAAAAAAUGUGUCUCCUACUGCAUAUACUUUCUCUGUGCUUAUUAAUGCUUUGUGCAAGGAGAAUAGACUGCGUGAGGCACGUGAUUUACUGAGGGAACUGAAGUGGAGUAAUGUUGUUCCAAAACCUUUUAUAUAUAACCCUGUGGUAGACGGAUUUUGCAAGGCUGGUAAUGUUGAUGAGGCGAAUUUGAUUGUGGCAGAGAUGGAGGAGAAGAGAUGUACCCCUGAUAAAGUGACAUUCACCAUUCUUAUCCUAGGGAAUUCUAUGAAAGGGAGAAUGACCGAGGCAAUUGGCAAUUUUAAUAAGAUGUUGUCCAUCGGUUGUGCCCCAGAUAAAAUCACCGUAGAUUCUUUGAUAUCUUGCCUCUCCAAGGCUGGGAUGCCCAGUGAAGCCCGCCGCAUCAAGAAAAUCGCAUAUGAGGACCUGAAUUUGGGAGCGUUAUCUAUGGGAAGACCUCAUCAUUUGAGAGCAAAUGCAGAAAUUCCAGUGGCUAUUUGAUUGAAUCUCCACCAAGUAAUUGUGCUUAGAAUUUUGGUUCCAGUGGUUGGACAUGGUAAGAAGGUCUCACCAUGAUUGUAUGCCCAAUAUUAAAUACAAUGUGCUCAGUUUAGUGGCAAGGAUAAGCCAACAACCUGUAA